AGUGUGUAAACAAUAAAAGGAGGGGUUGGGGAGCGUAUCAGAAGAGACGAAUAAAGAAGAAGAGAAACAAAAAAAAAAUCAAAAGGAAGGAUGUUGGUGUAUGCAUGUGAGAGCAAGUGCAGUAGAUAGCUGUAAAUUCGAGAUGACGAUGACACAAAAAACCCAGAUUGCGCUGUAAUUGGAAACGAAAUUGCAACCGAAAACGAAGUUCUCGUUUCUACGCUUGUGAUUUGCAGCCCCCCCCAUCAGCAUUGGCCCGCAAUGGAGGAGUCGUCCGCUCCGCCUAAUCCAGCUGCAGUUGCGUCACGUGGCCGCGGACGUGGGCGGCCGCCGAAAAUAGCGCCUCCCGCCGAUGGACCCGCCACCAAUACGCCCGCCUCCAAUACGCCCGCCUCCAAUACGCCCGCCCCCAAUACGCCCGCCCCCAAUCCCAGCAAGGAUGCAUCGUCGUCACCCACUCCGCCGGAGGAUCCAGAUGGCGGGCCGAACGAGUGUCGCCGCAGUUCGCGCAAGAAGAUCAUCAAGUUCGAUGUGCGGGAUUUACUGAAUAAGAAUCGAAAGGCGCACAAGAUCCAGAUCGAGGCACGCAUCGAUUCCAAUCCAAGUCCCAGUUCGUCGUCGUCCACAUCGACGUCUGCAUCGACCUCCACAUCCACAUCCGUGAAUCGCUUGUUCUCCAUGUUCGAGAGCAGUCACCAGUCGAUAACGAAGCCGCCCCCGCCACCGCCGCCAUCCGCCCUGGAGAUCUUCGCCAAACCGAGACCCACCCAGAGCCUGAUUGUGGCCCAGGUGAGCAGCGAGCCGGUGGCCGGUGGCGCCGGCAAUCCCGUCCAGACGCUGGCCAACCUGCCCGUGGUGGUGGCCGCCCGCAAGCGGGGUCGUCCGCGGAAGAGCCAGCCCUCCCUGACACCGGAGGUGGCGGCUCCGGCCAGUUUGGUGCCGCCCAACUGCUCCGACUCCGAUACCAACUCUACCAGCACGAGCAGCACCUCCACCGGCAGCAGUGGCGACAGCGGCGGCGAGCCAGCUGCCCUUGUCAAACGGAAGCCCAAGUCCAAGCUGCGCGUCUCCCUCAAGCGCUUGAAUUUGGCCCGCCGGCAGGAGUCCUCCGAUUCCGGCGACAUGGCCAUGGGCAACUCGCCGCCAUCGCCGUCGUCUUCGUCGCCGGAGGUGGAGGGGAUGGUGGAGCCGCCUGCCCUGCAGGAUGACAAUGCCCUGGACGAGCAGCCCGACAGCGAGCAGGAGGUGUCGCGCAUAGUGGUGACCGCGGAUAACUCCGAUUCCGACUCGCAGAUCAUAUUCAUUGAGAUCGAAACGGAGAGUCCCAAGGCAGAGGAGCCCCAAGAAGCGGCCAACAAGCUGGGUCAAACGUCCGAUGCCGAGCAAGAUCUCGACGAGAUUAUGGUGGAGGUGUUGAGCGGACCGCCCAGUCUGUGGUCAGCCGAUGACGAGGCCGAGGAGGAGGAGGAUGCGGCAGCAGCAGCAGCAUUAGCAUUAGCAGUGGACAGAGCCACCCCGCCAGGCGGAGAACCGGAGGCCGAGUCCUCUUCUCCAGCACCACGACGCAGCAGGAGAUCCGCGCAGCCACGCGGCAGCAGUCGACAGGGAAAGACCCUCGAGGAGACCUUCGCCGAGAUAGCCGCCGAGAGCAGCAAGCAGAUCCUGGACGCCGAGGAGUCCCAGGACCAGGAGGAGGAGGAGGAGGAGCAGCACAUGCUGAUCGAUCUCAUCGAGGACAGUCUGAGCCAGCCGGAGGAGGAUGCUCCCAGUCCCAUCGAAAACAUGGAGCUGCCGGAGGUCGAAGUGGAGAUUAAAUCGGUGCAGGAGACGGAGGUUAUCACUACCAGGAAGGAGUCCAUCGCUGAAGCUGCCUUAGGCACGCCAGAGGCCAAGCCAGUUGCUCCACAGCCCGAAAACGUUAUUCCGGAAUCUGAAAUGAACUCGAAAGAAGCCAAUCCUGAGCCAAAAGAGAAACCUAAAGCGAUACCAGGAUUAGAAUUGAUAGCCAAUGAUGUUCCAAAGCCAGAGACGGUCACGAAAGCUGUUCCACAACCAGAAACUGUCACCAAAGCUGUUCCGACACCAGAAUUGGUCACCAAAGAUGACCCAAAGCCAGCAGAGAUUACGAAAACCAUGACAGCGACCACCAUAGAUGUUCAGACCGUUAAGAAAGUGGAUAAAACAUUAGUUUCAGAAACUAAACCACCAACAGAAGUGGUUUUGCCGGAGAAGAAACCGUUUAAUGAAGCCGUGCAAGAGUCGGAGAAAGAGGACGAACCUCAUCCAGAGCUGGCAAAGAACGAUCUGCCCGAAUCCAAACCAGUGGAAGCCAUUCCUCAGGCCAAACGGAUUCCGCCUUCAGAAGCCGAAGCUAAGGUGAAUCAGAUAACAUUUUCCGAACCAGACACCCGAGCUAAGGAAAUUGGAGUAGAACAGAAUGGCGAUCAGGCGGCACUGCCCACAAUGGAGCAAACGGUGGAGGUGGAGAAGACUGAGUCUCCGACUGAAAUUACUGCACUGAAGACUGAGUCAGCCAGCGAGAAGGAGAAGGCAGCCGCCGUUCCAGCUGAAUCAAUGGCCACGAAUGAUCCGGAAGUGCCGAAAUCCCUGCCAGAAAUUAAGGAAAAGAACGAGGAGAAACCGGCUGCUGUGAUUGAGAAGAAGGAGCGCAAGAAAUCCCUCACAGAAGUGGCUUCUACGAAGGAAAAAGAAGCUGAGAAAUCCCCACCCAUGGAUAGGAAAGAUCAGGAAUCGCAGAAAUCCCCUCCAGAAACUACGACCUUAAAGCUAAGAGAGUCAGUAAAUUCAUUCAAAGAAGUGGCUAUGGAGAAGGAAAUGGAAGUGGAAACGAAAGAAGCCGCUUCCAAGAAAGAAAUUGAAAAGGAGACAUCGCCAGCAGUAGAUGCUGCUUCACUUGAGAAGAAGGAACUGGAUACAUCCUCAACCAACACGACAACUCAAAAGGAAAAAGAAACUGCCAAAAGCCCACCGGAAGUGGCUGCCUCGGAGAAGAAGGAGCCACCAAGAUGCCCGCCAGAGAUCUCGAAAUCGUGCCCACCAGAUCAGGCCACAUCCAAUGAAUCUGCAGCAGCUGAGGCUGCCAAAGAGGAGCAGCCUGUGAAGAAGCAAGCCAGCGAAUAUUCCACACCUUCUUCCUGCAAAUCCAAGGAGAAAUCCUCGCCAGCUUUCGUUGAGUGCGAUGCCAUGUUCAAGGCCAUGGACAAGGCCAAUGCCAAGAUGCGUCUCGAGGAGAAGAGCAAGAAGAAGCAGAAGAAAGUGCCGCCCAAGGUGGACUCACCCGUUCCCCUUGCCGCCUCCUCCACGCCGACUCUUGGCCAGAAAUGCAAGUCAUUGGCAAGCAAGCAAGGCUCACGCCGGAACACCAUCUAUGAGGAUUCACCCAAGCUGGAGAGGAACAGCUCGCCCAGCUCCGAUUCCACCCACCAAAAGAAGUCAUUGGCCAGCAAGCAAGGCUCACGCCGGAACACCAUCUAUGAGGAUUCACCCAAGCUGGAGAGGAACAGCUCGCCCAGCUCCGAUUCCACCCAUGUACCCAUGUCGGCUGGCAAGCUAAAGCGAUCGAAGCCCAAGAAGAAGCUGAAUCCAAGGCGCAGCACAAUCUGUGAGGAAGCCAAAGAUCUCCGGACCGGCAUCAGUCCACCCACGGAGGAGCUGAUGGCCGCCAGUUCGCCAGUUUCCUCCUCAUCCGAAUGCUCUGCGAAGCGAACGAAGACAGGCUCCAAGUUGGAUCUGCGCCGCAACACCAUUUGCGAGGAUCGUCAGGCCGAGACCUCCACGCCUGUGCCGCUCACCAAGCGCCGCUUCUCGAUGCAUCCGAAGGCGUCGGCGAAUCCGCUGCACGACACCCUCCUGCGAACCUCCUCGGCCAAGAAGAGGGGUCGCAAGCAGGGCAAGGCAUCGCUGAGCCGCCAGAAUUCGCUGGACUCCAGUUCGAGUGCAUCGCAAGGAGCGCAGCAGCAGAAGAAGAAGGUCCGCAAGUCGGCGGAAUCCCUGCAUGCGGCCCUCAUGGAAACCGAGUCGUCCGAGUCCACCUCCUCGGGCAGCAAGCAGCAGCGACGCUGGGAUGUGCAGACCUCGCCGGAACCGCUGGACACCACAACCAAUCCCCUGAGUGACAUUGCCAAAUUCAUCGAGGACGGUGUCAAUCUGCUCAAGCGCGAUUACAAGGUGGACGAUGAGCAGCGGGAGGAGGGCAAGACACGGGAGCCAGACACCGAGGAGGAUGAGUUUGCGCAACGAGUGGCCAAUAUGGAGACGCCGGCCACCACACCCUCACCCUCUCCCACGCAAUCCAAUCCCGAGGAUUCCGUCUCCACCACAAAUCUUCUGCAGGAGAGCGCGGGCGGCGGCGGCGGUGGUGGUGGCGGCGGAGGUGGAGGUGGAGGUGGAGGAGGAGGAGGAGGAGGAGUUCGUCGCUCGCAUCGCAUCAAACAGAAGCCGCAGGGACAGAGGGCCAGCCAGGGCAGAGGGGUGGCCAGCAUGGCCCAGGCACCGAUCAGCAUGGACGAACAGCUGGCCGAGCUGGCCAAUAUCGAGGCCAUAAAUGAGCAGUUUCUGCGCAGCGAGGGCUUGAACACUUUCCAACCGCUGAGGGAGAACUACUACCGCUGUGCCAGGCAGGUAAGCCAGGAGAACGCUGAGAUGCAGUGCGAUUGCUUCCUCACCGGGGAUGAGGAGGCCCAGGGGCAUCUGAGCUGCGGCGCCGGCUGCAUCAACCGCAUGCUGAUGAUCGAGUGCGGACCGCUGUGCACCAAUGGGCAGCGGUGCACGAACAAGCGCUUCCAGCAGCACCAGUGCUGGCCCUGCCGCGUCUUUCGCACCGAGAAGAAGGGAUGCGGCAUCACGGCGGAGCUGCAAAUGCCGCCCGGCGAGUUCAUCAUGGAGUAUGUGGGCGAGGUGAUUGACAGCGAGGAGUUCGAGCGGCGGCAGCAUCUGUACUCGAAGGAUCGCAAGCGCCACUACUACUUCAUGGCGCUGCGCGGCGAGGCCAUCAUCGAUGCCACCUCCAAGGGCAACAUAUCGCGGUACAUCAACCACAGCUGCGACCCCAAUGCCGAGACGCAGAAGUGGACGGUCAACGGCGAGCUGCGCAUCGGCUUCUUCAGCGUGAAGCCCAUUCAGCCGGGCGAGGAGAUCACCUUCGACUAUCAGUAUCAGCGGUAUGGCCGCGAUGCCCAGCGCUGCUACUGCGAGGCGGCCAACUGCCGGGGCUGGAUUGGCGGCGAACCGGAUUCGGAUGAGGGCGAACAGCUGGAUGUGGACAGCGACAGCGAGGGUGAGCUGCUGCUGGACGAGGAGGAACUGGAGCCGGAGGAGCACGAGCAGCAGGAGCAGCAGGGCCAGCCACGCAAGCUGGCGAAGGCCAAGGCCAAGUCCAAGCUGAAGGCCAAGUUGCCGCUCGCCACCGCCAAUCGUAAGCGCAAGGAGCACCAGCAGCAGCAGCCCAAGUCCAAGGAUCGCGAGUACAAGGCCGGUCGCUGGCUGAAACCCACUGCCGGUGCUGGUGGUGGUUCAGGUAGCUCGGGUGGCUCGUGUGGAUCUGCAGCGGGCGAGAAGGCGGCGCGUAAGCCAAAGGUCAGCAAAUUCCAUGCCAUGCUCGAGGAUCCCGAUGUGCUGGAGGAACUGUCGCUGCUCAGUCGCAGCGGGCUGAAGAAUCAGCUUGACACCCUGCGCUUCUCGCGCUGCAUGGUGCGUGCCAAGCUGCUGCAGACCCGCCUCCAACUGCUGGGCGUGCUGACGCGCGGCGAACUGCCCUGUCGCCGGCUCUUCCUCGACUACCAUGGCCUGCGCCUGCUGCACGCCUGGAUCAGCGAGAGCGGCAACGAUCAUCAGCUGCGUAUGGCCCUGCUGGACACCCUCGAAUCGCUGCCCAUACCAAAUCGCACCAUGCUCAACGACAGUCGCGUCUACCAGAGUGUCCAGCUGUGGAGCAGCAGUCUGGAGCAACAGCACCAACAGCACCAACAGCAACAGCAGCAACAGCAGCACAAGCGGAUGCUGGCCCUGUUGCAGAAGUGGCAGGCCCUGCCUGAGAUCUUCCGCAUCCCCAAGCGCGAGCGCAUCGAGCAGAUGAAGGAGCACGAACGGGAGGCGGACCGGCAGCAGAAGCACGUCCAUGCCAGCACCGCCCUGGAGGAUCAGCGCGAGCGGGAGAGCAGCGGCGGCGAUCGGUUCCGGCAGGACCGCUUCCGGCGCGACACCACCAGCAGCCGCAUAAGCAAGCCCAUCCGCAUGAGUGGCAACAACACGAUAUGCACGAUAACCACCCAGCCGAAGGGCAGCAAUGGAGCCAUGGACGGCAUGGCCAGGAACGACAGUCGCCGCCGGCCCGACAUGGGCACCGCCACGGAGCCAAGGCGCACGCUGUCCAAGGAGCUGCGGCGCAGUCUGUUCGAGAGGAAGGUGGCCUUGGACGAGGCUGAGAAGCGUGUGUGCAGCGAGGACUGGCGGGAGCACGAGCUGCGAUGCGAGUUCUUCGGCGCGGACCUGAACACCGAUCCCAAGCAGCUGCCCUUCUACCAAAACGCGGACACUGGCGAGUGGUUCAACAGCGAGGACAUGCCCGUGCCCACGCCGCAGCGCACGGAGCUGCUGUCGCAGGCGUUGCUCUCGCCGGAACCGGAUGGCGGUGGACAGGGCGGUGCUCCGCCGCUCGUGGAGUACAAGCUGCCGGCGGGAGUGGAUCCGUUGCCGCCAGCCUGGCACUGGCGAUUGACAAGCGAUGGGGAUAUCUACUACUACAAUUUGCGCGAGCGGAUAUCGCAGUGGGAGCCACCCAGUCCCGAGCAGCGCUUGCAAACACUAGUGGAGGAGGAUCCCACGCAGCAGCAGCCACUGCAUGAGCUACAGAUCGAUCCGGCGCUCCUCGCCACCGAGCUCAUCCAGGUCGACAUGGACUAUGUGGGCUCGCUCAGCUCCAAGUCCCUGGCCCAGUAUGUCGAGGCCAAGGUGAAGGAGCGUCGCGAACUGCGUCGCAAUCGGCUCGUCUCCAUUCGCGUGAUCAGUCCGCGGCGCGACGAGGAUCGCCUGUACAAUCAGCUGGAGUCGCGCAAGUACAAGGAGAACAAGGAGAAGAUCCGUCGGCGCAAGGAGUUCUACCGCCGGCGCAGGAUUGAUGUGACCACGGCGGUGACGGCUGCCGCUUCCCAGCUUCCGAGUGCCUCUGGCAAGCCAGAAGAUGCUCCUGCCAGCUCACUGCCCAUCCAGGCCUAUCUCUACUCCUCCGACGAGGAUGCGGCGGAUGCUUCAGCUACUGCUGCUGCUGGUGCUGCUGGUGCUGCUGCUGCUGCUGCUGGAGAUCAGUCCGCAGCAGAUGGCAAUGUGGCGGCGCAGGCGGAGGAGCUCGAUGCCCUCGACAUGGCACCCAGCACCAGUCAUGCGGCUUUGGCAGCUCUAGGAAAGUCGGUUGGUGGUCAGGUGCCACAGGCGAGUGGAUCCGCCAGCAAGCGCAAGCUGCCGAUGCCACCGCAUGUGCCGGUGAAGAAGCAUCGCCAGGAGCACCGCAGCAAAAAGGGCAAGAGCUCCCAAAGCCUUUUGACCACCAUAAGCGGACGCGAGGCCCAUGAAAAAUUCCGCUUUGAAAUCAGUGGGCAUGUGGCCGAUUUCCUGCGUCCCUAUCGCAAGGACACCUGUCAAUUGGGUCGAAUAACCAGCGACGAGGACUACAAGUUCCUGAUUAAGAGGCUAAGUCAUCACAUUACCACCAAGGAAGUACGGUACUGCGAUCUGACCGGCAAUCCAUUGUCGUGUACGGAAUCUGUCAAGCACAAAUCGUAUGACUUUAUCAACCAGUACAUGCGCAAGAAGGGCCGUGUCUAUCGCAAGCCAGCAGAGAGCACCAUAUUCUAGCAUACCACCAACUCCGAUACGAAGCCGUAGCGGAGGUAAAUUCCAUGGGGCAGAGGAAGCAGCCACCAAGGAGGUGUCCCUUCUUGCUGCACCAGAACCCGAACCAAAUCGCACAUGGAACUAAAACUAUACAUUUACUUUAUCUGUACACUUUAGGCUAGCAUUUAGGUUCUUAGCGUGUGACCUACCCCUCGAAGAGGGUAGCGUGUUCAUUGAAAAUAACUAGAAGAUUGUACACUUUCGGCAUAGAUAUAGAAAAAACAAAAACAAA